UCUUACUUUUUUAGGCAAAUGUUCAUGAAUGAUCUGAGUGAUGAAGCUUUCUGAUCUUCAUCAUGCUCGAGUGGAGUUUACAUAGCUGGCUAACGGUUACAUUUGUCGCGAUCCUCGGUUCAUUGACGAGUGCGGUUACGUUGUUCGUUGUGUGGCCGAUUCGUAAGCCAACAGUUGAGCGCAAGAUAUGUUCGAAAUACGCGAAGGAUGCUGCGAUUAUUCAGGCGAAAGUUGCAAACGCCCAAGAAGAAGAAGAUGACGUUCAGGAUGUUUCCGUCCCGAUCAUCAACCCCAGAGUCGAUCCCAGCUUGCACGCCUUGAUUGAUUUGUUCGUGAGAGACUUCUUCACCUCGUGGUUCUCCAAGCUGGCGGAUGAUCCAAAACGAGUCGAGAAGCUCUUACGCAAUGAUCUACACGUGUUUCUGCGGAACCUAAGGUUGAGGAUUGAGAAGGUGGACAAGGUGCAAUUUUUCGCCCACGACUUGAUGUUGAAAAUCACGCAGCAUUUCGAAAAGAUACGUGUGGCGCAAGCAAUCCACUCUGAAUCGAAGGAGCGACAAUUGAAGCCGACGAAGAUUGUCGUUUCUUCAUACCUUGGAUCCGAAGAGCGGGAAGUCGCGUUUUUGAGGAAAGCAUGCGAGGUUUUAUUGAUCAUUUCGUUGCCGAAAAAAUAUUCGAAGUACAGAUUGCCGCGGAGAAUUCUUCGAGACAUCAUCACAACAACGAUUUUGUAUCCUUUGAUAAAUCAAAUCUGCGAUCCGGACUACCUGAAUCAGAAAAUCCUGACCAACAUCAACAAUCACGGGGCUUCACUUAUACUGGAUCUUCAUACGACUGACACGUUUCGUCACGCAGCUUCUUACGAAGACUUCAUGCAAAUGAUCCAUGAAAGUUCCAGUUUUGAUGAACUGCGGAUCCUUCGGCACAGUAUCAUGACUGAAAUCGCACAAGCUACGACGAUCAAUGACUUGAAGGCAUGCAAGGCAAGUACGAGGUCGGAAGGAGACGGCGCUGCGGACGGCCUGGGCCGAGCAGAAAUGACGCACGUUCGAAACUUGGCUCGUUAUUUGAACCAGCUCAUGGUGGCCAAGAACCAGUGCGAACACCGAAUGCUCGAGUUGACUUCGUCGGCCAAGGAUUCGGCCCUUGCGGAAGACGCCGCCGGGACGCACGCAUCUCCGCGCAACGUGUCUUUCGCGCAAUUGUUGCGUCGGGCGCACUGUCGCCGGUUGCUGGAGGCCCACUUGCGGAAGAGCGAAGACCGCGAGGAGAACUUGUUGCGGCUCCAGCUCUGGAUCUCUUUGGAUGAAAUGCAGCGAGGAGGGCAGAAGGAAGCACCACUUGUUGCUCAGGCGAUCUACAAAGCAUUUUUGGACAAGGAUAGAUGUGCAGUUCCGAUUUCAGAACGUCUGCGAAUCAAGCUCGAAGCCUAUCUAUCCGGCAUCGACGAAACCGGGGAAGGAUUCUACGACCUGAAAGUCAAUACUGAAAAUUUGUUAUGCGCCAGCGUUUUCCGGGAUUUCUUGGGCAGUUCGGAAGGUAUAAACGCCAUGAGUAUCUUGUCGGAAAGUCAACAGUCUGGGGACGACCUGGAUGAUUUGAGUGUGGGUGAAACGUUCGGUUUGGGUAGUGGGAAAGUGAGAGGCUCUAAAGCAAGUUUAGUGGAGAGCGAGAAGAACUACGCACAAUCGCAAUUGAAUUUGUUGGAAGAGAAGCUGAGUAAGAAGGUCAAGGAGCUGGAAGCUGCGAAAGCUGGUGGCAACGGAAGCAAAACUGCUGUCGGUUUGGAGAAGGACGUCAAGUGUUUGACUGACGAUGUCCAGCAGCUCAGUUGUUUCGCAGCCAGAUCAGCGUUAUGGUCUGAACACCUCGGCCAAUGGCGAGCUUGCAUUCAGAGUGUGGAGGCGACCGAAGAUGGCCUCAUGUUCCUCCUGGUGGUUCAAAAAGAAGAGGCCAUGUUGAGUCCAGUGGAAGCUCCGAAUGGUCCGCCGAUUUCCUCGUCGACACCCGAGACCACCGACGGCGGACUGGAUGGCUGGAUCGUGUCGCGGAAAUUGGCGGAGUUUCAUGAGCUGCGACACAGAGUCGGAUUAAUUGCCGGGGACUCUUUGAAAUCCAAGGAUCUGCCUGCUUUGGGAUCUGGGAAAUCGUUUUUUGGACGCGGUUGGGACCGGGCUGAGUUGGACAAGGCCCGAGCCCAGGUUCAAACCUUUUUGAAUGCGGUUUUGAGGAACGAACGUUUGAGCCACAGCGAAGACGUGUUCACCUUUUUGUGCCCGGUGCCAGAACAUCUUCUGCGUCCCGGCGGCAGUUGUGGCUCGUCCUCUGCCAUGUUGUCUCCCGCGGAACCCGGGAAACCCGGCAAGGCGAGAUUUUCCCUGUCGACGCUCUUUCAACGCGACAAGAUGGACGAUUUGACAGGGAAGUCGGAUGAAGACGUCAAUAAUGGGAGCAGUAGCACGGAGCAACAAGUGGGCUUGAUGGAAGGCAGUGGUGGCGGGUCUCGGGAUUCGAUUGCAGAGCCCCUGUAUGGACUAGUGCAAGAGGUGUUCGAGGUUCAGGGGAUUUUUCGAUGGCUGAGGAAGACGUUGAUCACGUUUGUGCAGAUCACGUAUGGGAGAACCAUCAAUAGGCAAAUACGGGAAACAGUGUCAUGGCUGGUGUCGGAUGCGAUGGUCAUCACGUAUUGUGGGUUGGUUAAGGAAGCGUAUUGGCCAAAGGGGAAGCUGGCCCCGGCUGCUCAACCAAGGAGCGAUGAGCAGAAAUUGAGGACGAGGUACGAGGCGAAGGAGAAAUUCCUUGUUAGCGUACCUGCGGUGGUCUCAAAUUUGGUGGGGCAGCAAAAUGGCAAGAGAGGUGCUGUGCGGAUUUUUGAAACGAUUCAAGACCACCGACUCAAUAAACAGUUGGUUUACGGACCCUGGAAUAAUUCGUUGAUAUCAUGUUCAACUUUUCAUUCUAGUCCGUGGCGUAUUGUGGACGAUUGCGGCGGUGCCUUCGCCAUGGGGGCUAUUGGCGGAAGUGUUUUCCAAAUCUUCCGUGGAUUCAGGAACGCCCCCAGUGGCAUGAAUCGUCGCCUAUUGGGGAGUCUGCUGGCGGUGAAAGAACGUGCACCGAUCAUAGGCGGGAGCUUUGCCAUUUGGGGAGGAAUGUUCACAACUCUGGAUUGUUCCCUAGCACACUUACGAGGAAAGGAAGAUCCCUGGAACUCAAUCAUGAGUGGCGCAGCCACCGGAGGCAUCCUAGCGGCCCGAAAUGGGCCAGCGGCAAUGGCAGGCAGUGCUGUCAUUGGUGGAGUGCUGCUUGCUUUGAUUGAAGGCAUUGGUAUCAUGUUCACUCGAAUGUCGGCAGAACAAUUCAAGCCGAUGAAUCCACAGAUGGAGGAAGCACAACCAGUCAGUACCCCUUUUGGGCAGCAACAACAGUAUCAGUAG